UAAAGCUUCUAGAUUGAAUGAAAGGCUACCUAUUGACUCUCUUGGUCUCCAAUGAAGCAACUGUAUAGGUUCAUCUAUAUGUAACCCCCUAUUCUAUCUUCAUCAUUCUCUUUUGUUUGAUCAAACCCCAAACUUUUCAAUAAGAUAAGAUGUUUAAGGAGUACAAAUCACAUUCAAAUUCAACAUGUUUUGUGGUUGAUCCGGGUAAGCAAUUUGCAAUUUGGGCUGGUUACGUGGUUGCAUUCGAUCAAAUUGCAAGAGCCAUUUCCUUUCGAUCACUUGAUGCUGAAAGGCGAUUCAGGAGUAGAUUCGAAACCAAAGUUUUUCUAAGCAUAAUUCCUUUGGCUUUCUUGUUCGACUUGGCAAUUUGUGAAUAUACGCAACUUCUGGAAUUUGAAUGGCCGGGCAAGAAACUAGAUGGUGUGAAUGGGAUAUAUUGGAUUUUAGCUAUUCACUUGGGAAUAUAUGCGGUGGAUUAUCUGUCCGAGCCGAGGUUGAUCAAAGCACUAAAAUUGGACCACAGUAAUCCUGUUUUGUACCAGUUUGUGACUGCAGGGUUUUGUCAUUCUAGCUGGCGGCAUCUCAUCACCAACCUAUUUUACUUGCUGAUAUAUGGGAAGCUUGUAGAGGAGGAGGUUGGAAGCUUCGCACUGUGGGUAUGUUAUAUUCUGACAGGGGUUGGGGGUUUCAUUACGGCAUGGUUGAUUCUCCCAAAAAAGACAAUAUCUGUUGGAGCCUCUGAUGCUGUAUACGGCCUCUUUGCUAUUAGUCUUUUUGUCAAGAUGCAUUUUGAAUGGACGGUUAUGCUUGAAAAGCUCGUAAUGAUUUGCGUCUUCGUGCCAAAGGUGUGGGGAGAACUAAAGAAUUCAGGGUUGUUGGAUGCUAUCAACAACGGUCAUAGAUGGGUCCCAGUCGGUCACUUUUUUCACGUGGCAGGUGCUCUCACGGGGUUGGGUUUGGUAUGCUUCCGUGCCAGGUAUCCAGAAGUCCAUCAUACUCAUAGCCUUUCGGUCAAGAGGCGUUACAUCUCCUUACAUCGGUCAAGAUUAAGGGUGUAACUAAUGGCACACGGACAGGGACGGAGGGAAAGAGGACCCCGCUUGUUUUUGAAAUUUUAUCAAAAUAGGCUUAAGUUUUUGUAAUUUACCUGCCUUGUAGGGGCAAAUAUGUAUGGUGAUAUCAAAAUUCUAUUUAACGGGGGUAAAAUUGUUAUGAACUUAAUAA